CUUUUUCUUAUGAAUCGGUCCGGUCCUACACUUGGCAUAUUUCCUGGGGUUAGGUUACCGGCGGCGAUGAAAUAGGUAACUUCGUCGCGCGCUGCAUGAACACGUAGUUCUUUUUGGUUUUUGUUUACCUGUAUUUAUCCUUUCUUAAAUUAUGAGUGCAUUUUUUUUUGGAAAUAUAAAGUCGAUAGACACAUCAGUUGAAUAUAUUUGGCAAGACAGUGUAGACUAUUUUUUCGCUCUGUGACGGUAGUAGACUAUUGAUAACGUCAGCUGAAGCGAGCAAUUUCGCUGAGGAUCUCAAAGAAACCGGCUACGAGUAUUUGCUGCAACUGAUGCGAACUGGCUAGUGUCAGGCUGGAGAGACAAAGUUAAGCAAGGUUUCUGUGUGGUAGCCGUGGCGAUCUGCUGCUGCUGUAACCAUGUUUAGGAACAGCUUGAAGAUGCUGCUGACGGGCAGCAAGGCCAACCGCAAGAACCGCAACGGCAGCAGCGAUGGAGGGAAUGAGGACCUUGCAGACCCCCGCUCACCCAGUCUAGAGAACCACCCCUACCUGAGCCACACUGGUCAAGGUGGCAGUAUAGACAGUGACUGUGCCUUUGAGGGUGACUACGCCCUGCCCCCCUUGUCUAUGACCGACGGCAUGCAGCACAUCCGCAUCAUGGAGGGCGUGUCACGUUCCCUGCCCUCCUCCCCACUGCUCACACACCAAACCAUCAGCGUCCGGCUGCCGACCGCCAAGAAGCUCACAGGUACAUGCAACACAGCAGAACUCCCAUAGGCCAAGCUGUGGUGCUAUCUGAUUAACCAACCACCUAAUGUCACUCAUUCGUGUUAGAAUGUCGUGUGAGGAAAUUCAAAACAGCCAGUUACAUGAUGGUAACUGUGGUGGGAUGCUUACGUCAAUGAUCACUGAUGCGGGGCAACAAAAUCCAUAA